UAGCAGUCUAAUCCAGGGGGUUGUGAAUCCAGCAAACGUUCCAGCUCUGAAAGAGUAGGUGGCAGCUUCUGAAAUCAGUGGGGAGGGAGCUGGACUUCUCUGUCUGUUGUAAGGAGGAGAAGUUAGGCAUUUGGGACUUGGAGCAUGGAGAAAAGAAGCUGUUGUGUCCAAUGCCUUUUGCCAAAAAUCUCUAGAUGCAGCUUCCAGUUUUCUGACGCCUCCUGUCCUGAGCACAGUGCUUUUGAAGUGUUGUCCGUGGUAGACUCUACUAACCCCCUCCUGACCCCCCUCCCCGACACGUUCCGGGAUGACAGCUAGGUGACGACAGCUGAGGAUGACCCUGACUGAAAAGCUGCGCGAGAAGAUAUCGCGGGCGUUCUACAACCACGGGCUGCUGUGCGCUUCCUACCCCAUUCCCAUCAUCCUCUUCACAGGCCUGUGUAUCUUGGCCUGCUGCUACCCGCUGCUCAAGCUCCCAUUACCUGGAACAGGACCUGUGGAGUACAGUACCCCUGUGAAGGACUACGCUCCACCUUCUUUGGCCUCCAGCCCCCGGCAAGGAGACCCCAAUGAGAGACCCGAUUGGUACAUUGGCGCUCCUGUGGCCUACAUCCAGCAAAUCUUCGUGAAAGCCACCGUCUCCCCCUGGCACAAGCACUUCCUCGCUGUUGAUGUGUUUCGUUCACCGCUGUCCCGGGUCUUCCAGCUCGUGGAGGAGAUUAGAAACCACGCCCUGAGGGACAGUUCUGGGACCAGAAGCUUGGAGGAAGUUUGCCUGCAGGUGACAGACCUCCUGCCCAGCUUGAAGAAGCUGCGCAACCUGCUGCCGGAGCAUGGCUGCCUCCUGCUGUCCCCGGGGAACUUCUGGCAGAACGACCGUGAGCGCUUCAACUCCGACCCAGAUAUCAUCAAAACUAUCCACCAGCAUGAACCAAAGACACUGCAGAUGUCAGCGACCCUCAAAGAUCUGCUGUUCGGACUCCCAGGGAAAUACAGCGGGGUGAACUUGUACAAUCGGAAACGGGUGGUGUCCUACACUGUCACACUGGGUCUCCAGCGGUAUGAUGCCAGGUUCCUCACCAGCCUCCGGUCCCGGCUCAAGCUGCUGCACCCCAGCCCCAACUGCACCCUGCGGGAGGAGAACAUCGUGCAUGUCCACUUCAAGGAAGAGAUUGGCAUCGCCGAGCUGAUCCCCUUGGUCACCACCUACAUCAUCCUCUUCGCCUACAUCUACUUCUCCACGCGAAAGAUCGACAUGGUGAAAUCAAAAUGGGGCUUGGCACUAGCAGCGGUUGUGACAGUGCUCAGCUCUCUGCUCAUGUCCGUGGGGCUGUGCACUCUCUUUGGCCUGACGCCGACUCUCAACGGAGGGGAGAUUUUUCCGUACCUGGUGGUGGUGAUCGGGCUGGAGAAUGUCCUGGUUCUCACCAAGUCGGUUGUCUCCACACCGGUUGACCUGGAAGUGAAGCUGAGGAUCGCGCAAGGCUUGAGCAACGAGAGCUGGUCUAUUAUGAAGAACAUGGCCACAGAGCUUGGGAUCAUCUUGAUUGGCUAUUUCACGCUGGUCCCAGCUAUCCAGGAAUUUUGCCUCUUCGCUGUGGUCGGGCUGGUGUCUGACUUCUUCCUGCAGAUGUUUUUCUUCAGCACCGUGUUGUCCAUCGACAUUCGCCGUAUGGAGCUUGCGGACCUGAACAAACGGCUGCCUUCAGAAGCCUGCCUGCCCCCAGCAAAGUCCAUGAGCCGCUCCCAGCGGUACGAGCGCCAGCUGGCCAUGCGCCCCGCCACCCCACACACCAUCACCCUGCAGCCCUCCUCCUUCAGGAACUUGCGCCUGCCCAAGAGGCUGCGGGUCAUCUACUUUUUCGCCAGGACCCGGCUGGCCCAGAGACUCAUCAUGGCCGGGACAGUGAUUUGGAUUGGAAUCCUGGUCUACACCGACCCCGCCGGCCUCCGUACCUACCUCACGUCGCAGGUCACCGAGCAGAGCCCUCUGGGAGAGGCAGGGUUGCCCCCCAUGCCCGUGCCGGGUGGGGUCUUUCCCGCCGGGGAUGCCAAGAUCGACCUCUCUGUCUUCCCGGCGGACCCCGUGCCUCUGUCUGAGAACCAGACGCAGCAGCGGGAGCAGAAGGCAGGGCUGGAGUCCCUGGACCGGCUGGAGGCGGACACGUGGGCCCAGGGAGCAGAGAGCAGGGGGAAUGGGCAGCCGGAGCUGGGCACUGCUGCAGAGGUGACAUGGGGGCCAGGGGACGAGGAGAUCUGGAGGAAGCUGUCCUUCCGGCACUGGCCAGCCCUCUUCAGCUACUACAACAUCACGCUGGCCAAGAGGUAUAUCAGCAUCCUCCCAGCGAUCCCCGUCACCCUGUACCUGAAUCCACAAGAGGCCUUAGAAGUGCGCCAUCCCCAGGAGGCCAAUCGCUACCAUUCCUUCUUCCCUGUGGGCCACGGGAGAUCGGAGGUGGAAGGGCGAGUUGCCGAGGGCUCACCCAGGCUACAGGGGCACCGCGACGUCACCCUCUACCAGGUUGCAGCGCUGGGCCUGGCCUCCGGCAUCCUCCUGGUCCUUCUGCUCUUCUGCCUGUACAAAGUCUUCUGCCCCAAGAACUAUGGGCAGAACGGACUUUCACACACGCGAAGGAAGAGAGGGGACCUGCCCUGUGACGAUUACGGUUACUCGCCGCCCGAGACUGAGAUCGUUCCUUUGGUUCUCAGAGGUCACCUCAUGGACAUCGAGUGCCUGGCCAGUGACGGGAUGCUGCUCGUCAGCUGCUGCCUGGUGGGGCAGAUCCGUGUGUGGGACGCACAGACUGGAGACUGCCUCACUGUCAUCCCCAAGCUGGGGUUGCGGAGGGACAGCAGCGGCAUCUUCGAUUACCAGGAGGGCUGGGACCAGAGCCCCGACGCCAAGUGUGGGCCGGAGGAGUCCUACGACAACGGCCACCAGCUCAAGAGGAUGCUCAGCCCUCCCCAACCCCCACUCUUCUGCGACCAGCCGGACCUCACAUCUCUCAUCGACACCAACUUCUGCGAGCAGGCGAGAGCGGCGUCGGAGGCACGGCACCGCACUGUCUGUGCCCACCAGAAGGAGGCGGGUUAUGACUUCGGCAGCCUGGUGGGGAAGGCCUAUGAGGAACAUGCCACUUCGAACUGCAUGAACUUCACAGGCUUCUCCACCCCACACGGACAGGUUGCGCUGUGCACGGGAGCCAGUGGCUCUCGGUCCCCCAGCUGCGGGAGCGGGGAGAGCGGGUGCAGUGCCCGUAGGAGGAGCCUGGGGGACGAGGCAUUUCCUGGAUUUGACAAGUCCUCGCCUGUUCCCACCUGGAGCAGUGAUUUUGAAAGCUCUGUCUGGAGCUUGGAUCUACAGGGGAACCUCAUUGUGGCUGGCCGCAGCAACGGGAAGCUGGAGGUGUGGGAUGCCAUCGAGGGGACCCUGCGCUGCAGCAAUGACGAGGGCCAGUCGGGCAUCACAGCACUCGUGUUCCUGAACAACAGGAUCGUGGCUGCCAGGCUGAACGGCUCCUUGGACUUCUUCUCCCUGGAGACGCGCGCGUCCUUCAACCACCUGCAGUUCCGAGGAACGCCCAGCAGGGGCAGCAUGCCCUCCUCCCCCGUGUUCAGCAGCAGCGACGUCAUCCUGUGUCAGCUCACCCACACCGUGUCCUGCGCACACCAGAAGCCCAUCACAGCCCUGAAGGCAGCAGCGGGGCGGCUGGUGACAGGCAGCCAGGACCACACGCUGCGAGUGUAUCGCCUGGAGGACUCGUGCUGCUUGUUCACACUGCAGGGGCACUCGGGAGGCAUCACUGCCGUGUACAUAGACCAGACGAUGGUGCUGGCGAGCGGGGGCCAGGACGGUGCCAUCUGCCUCUGGGACGUGCUGACAGGAAGCCGCGUCAGCCACAUGUACGCCCACCGUGGGGACGUCACCUCCCUCACCUGCACCACGUCCUGUGUCAUCAGCAGUGGCCUGGAUGAUGUCAUCAGCAUCUGGGACCGCAGCUCCGGGGCCAAGCUCUACUCGAUCCAGCAGGACAUGGGCUGUGGGUCCAGCCUGGGUGUCAUCUCGGACAACCUGCUGGUGACGGGGGGCCAGGGCUGUGUCUCCUUCUGGGACAUCGGCUACGGGGAUCUGCUGCAGACCGUCUACCUGGGCAAGAGCAACGAGUCGCAGCCCGCCCGGCAGAUCCUGGUGCUGGAGAAUGCUGCCAUCGUCUGCAACUUCGGCAGCGAGCUCAGCCUGGUCUACGUGCCCUCCGUGCUGGAGAAGCUGGACUGAGCAGGGCAGGGUAGCCGUGGGGGCAGGGGAGGCGGCACGUGGGCUGGUGGCGGAGCCCGUGUGCACGUCUCCAUCGCCCCUAGGCUCACCACAGCCAGGGCUUCAUGCGUUGGGGACCAGCUGCCUUCCAGCCGGGGCAUGUGGGAGGUGUGGGGGUGUCACCCCAAGGAGAAGAGCAGGCCCAGUGCGCAGCGGCUGUGGGGCCCUCCCUCGCGCUGGCCCAGCAUAGCCAGGACCGUCCUGGGCACCCGGUGCUCCCUGCCCCCAGGGCAGUGGAGCAGGCCUGGCCUGGGAGCUGCUGCCCAGAGCACUGGGGCCCCCAAAGCACAUGCAAAGCAUCCCAGGGCCCUGAGUGGCCUCGAUGGGACUGGGACUGUUCCUCUGCAGCCGGGGGGGGGCCUGCCCCCUGGGGUUCCCAGCAGCCUCCUCGGGCUGCCGGGGGGUGGCAGAGGGGCACAGCAGCCAGGCCCGCUCCUCGGAGGGGGUCAGCUCUCAGGGACCCCCGAGGAGCGGCCGGGCCAGGCCCUGCGCUGCAGCCUUGCCUGCCUUAUUUAUAUGCUGUACAUAUUUAUUUAUUGGCGGGGCGAGGGGGUGCCUGCCGUACACACCAAAGCACCCGGCUGCUGCAGGCCGGGCCCUCGCUCAGCGGAGCGGCCUGCGCCCUGCCCCGGGGGCCGGCGUGUGCACACGACAUGACAGGGCUGUUACCGCGCAG